GGGGCAGUAAAGAAAGCUGAUUCCAUGCUCCCCUCCCCUCUGCAUUCCUCCCCUCCUCCCUCCCAAGGCCUAGCUAACACUCCAGCCUUCACCAGCGAUCCCUUCCUAAAGAAACAGCAUUAUCAUUUAAAAUUACAGCCAGUAACUUCAAACCCCACUCUGUGUCACCAUGAAUAUUUUCAGGUUCCUGGGAGACAUUUCACAUCUCUCUGCCAUCAUCAUCCUGCUACUGAAGAUCUGGAAAACCAGGUCCUGUGCUGGUAAGAACAAGGGAAGGGGGGUAAAAUAAUAAAGAUUUAACCCCCCCAAAAAAAUGGUUUCCCCUUGAGAACAUAUCCCACCCAGAUAAAGUAUUUAUUGAUCGGGUCGAUGUCGUUGAGUUGAUUAGUUUGUGUGCAGUUCCUGCAUCUUACAGUCCCAUAACAAAGGAAUGAUGUGUCAAGGUUCUGAUUUAGAAUGACCAGAAAUUUAAAACGUGUUAUAUAGUAUGUACUUGUGAUUAAAGGUUUAUUUUCUGUUGUUUAGCAUGGAAUACAUUCUGAACCGUACACGUUAACCAUCAAUUAUAGCCUGGCAUGCCAGUCUGGGUUAGCUGGUAACAUGCAGGGAGAGUGAUGGUGAGGGUAGAUUUGAUGGGAGGGAGGGGAAGCUGUGAUUAAUGUGGUGACGUGGAAGUUCAUGGCUGACUUCAGAUAAAGGAAUGGCUGACUACGGGACGUUGAUUUCAGAGGCAAAGGGUUAAUUAAGGAUGGAAUUGCCUUUUAAAUGGUUUUUAUGCUGGUCCAGUAGUUACAAAUGGACUUUCUUAUUUUGUUUUAACUUCCAUGUUUCUGGAAUAGGCUAUUUAAAAUGACCCAAUAUUGGCCACAAUAUUUUUUAUAUAUAUAUAUAUAUAUAUAUAUAUAUAUAUAUAUAUAUAUAUAUAUAUAUAUAUAUAUAUAUUGGCAUGCUUACACAAUUUGCAUCUUGUAAGGAAAUCAGUGACCUUAAUUAUAUAUUUGUCAUACAAGUCUAUUGAUAAAGACUAGUGGCCACUCUAGGAGUCUAGGUACACGUAUUCAGUUUAUAAAUUGUGAUUUAUCCUGCAACACAGUGUAGUAGCAUAUCUAUUUUGUAAUAGAUAUUGUGAAUAUAAUGUACUGAAAAAGUUAUACUUUUAGUUUGUAUGUCAAUCCUGUGGUACUGGAUUUGAUCAGGGUUGUCCACCAAAGUGAGAAUCCAAAGUACAUUUAAAAAUCAAGAUGAAAAUAGCUGAACUGGACACAUUCCAUGUUUACAGUUUGGGUACUAAAAUGUUCAAAUCACUUUAACCCCUUAAGGACCAAACUUCUGGAAUAAAAGGGAAUCAUGACAUGUCACAAAUGUCAUGUGUCCUUAAGGGGUUAAAAUCUCACGUUGGUGAAUAAAACUGAAUGUGUUUGUUCCACUGCUGUUAUCGUGUCUUGGGAGCUUUACUCAUCUAUUCAUUUAUCCAGUAUAGCCUUGUCGUCCAAUCCCCCCUGCGAAUGCUGCUUUGCCCGAGGGCUCCUUUAAGCAAUAAAAAAUCAAUCUUUGGUUUCCCUCUGGGUAGGUGAUAAGUGAGAGAAAAUGCUUGACCCCAGAAAGUUUAUUUCUGCAUUAUUUCACAGUACCAAUCUUUAAAAAAAAAAAAAAAAAACACACACAAAAAACACCUGCUUAAAAUAAACUUGAAUCUAUCUAUCUAUGCAUGUGCUAGUGAAUUGUGAACUUAACCAUUUAUUCACUAAUACAAGAAUUGUCCUUAAUUGAUUAGGGAAUUUCAAAUGGACCCCCCUCCAAACUGUAAAAUGUCUCUACUCCCUGUCUGACAUCACAAGAGCUGCUGCAGGGUCCAAUCAAAUGCUUCAUAGAAAAGCAUUUUGAUUGGACCAUGUAACCAACUCAGAGUGCAUGUGUAUAAGCCAGUAAGGGGAGCGAGAGUCAGGUAGAGUAUUUCUAAAAACAUUAAACAAAACAGAGGGUAUAAGGAGGCAACGAGGAGAGAUAAAUGCCUCCCCUGCAAGGGAGAAGCUCAUCACUUGUGUCUCCAGUGUGCAUAAUCAGCACAGUAUGAGAUUUAUACUUAUAUUUGUUUUGCAUAUUUUACGUGGCUUUCUGUGAGUAUUGUGAAAACACAAACCUCUGGAGCUGCUGUCUGGGUAGGACACACACAAAAAGAACCAAUCUGUUUUAUGAUAUUAAGAUGAUGCACAUCGUCUUAUUUUCGAACAUAUGUGUACAUGCACAAAGCUGGCAACAGAAUAAUUUCUGCAAAUAAUUUUCAUUAAAUGUUAGCGAACACUGUCAAACCAAAUAAAUAGCCCACUAGAAAAUACAGUGGUCAAACUAACGAUCUUAUCAAGAUGCUUUUUAAUAAUAGGUUUUUUUUUUUGAAAAGUAGUAGUAAAAUUAUUUUUUUUGCCUUUUUACCAUUUUAUCCCAACUUACUGAAAUACAUAAAUAUAUAUAUAAUUUUUUUACAUUUUUUUUUUUUUAUCCGUUCCUGCAUACUUUUAGUUGAUGUCUCUGAAUGCUUUAUUGAAAAGGAGGCCCUCAUCUAAAUUUCCUGCCCAACUCCUUUUACUGCACCUCCCACAUUCCGUAGAUGUAAGUAAUGCCAUUGCUUUCUGAAUGAAGUCCAACAUUCAGUUAGAGCUGUUUACAUUUCAUUUGAAGUAGUUGCCUAGAAGCAGGGGAGUUCUGUAUCUGAAAACAAUACGGUUUAUCCAUUUAACUCUACUGUCUUGUUUUGUGGACAAUAGAAUUGCAAAUUUUAGACCAACUCCAAUAAAUAUUUUUCCAGAUUUUGCCCAAACAUUUGCAAUUCCCUUAUCGAUCCACAAUUCAGAGUUAUGUGAUUAAAAGUGUGGGAGCAAACACCCAUGGUAGAGGGAAUAUCUUGGAAAAUAAUAACUUGUAUUUUGUUGGGUGAAGGUAGGGAAGAACAUUGUAUAGGUGGCUUAACAUUUUCUCACUUACAUUUAUUUAAUGGAAAAUGCAACAAGACCAUAGCAUUUUUUUAAUUAUAAAAAUGUAUUUCUAAAAUACAUGUAUUAUUGCGUAAAGCGGAAUCGUCACUUCUCGUCACCAAAUUGAUUGAAGCAUUAAAAUUGCUUAUAAUUUGUUUCAACUUUUUUUCAGGCAAUGCUCUGUUUUCUUUAAGGUUUACUGUAAAAUGAACCUGUAAUGGGAUAUCAGAGGAUACCUAAAAGCCCCAUCUUUGUGGGUGAUACUGUUCGUGUUACACUUACACCCACCUCCGGCCCCCCUGCACUCUGCCCAGUCUCUUCAUUAAAGGAACACUAUAGGCACCCAGACCAUUUCAGCUUACUAAAGUGGUCUGGGAGCACUGUCCCAGGUCCCUUAACCCUUUAAUCUUGUUUUUAAGAAACUGCAAUAAUUACCUUUUCAGGGUUACCUUCACCUCUAGUGGCUGUCUACCAGACAGCCACUAGAGGAACUUUCAAGCUGUUAGGCGACUUUUGGUCACCUAACAGACGCUGGACGUCCUCACACUAUGCAUGGGGAUGUCCAGCGUCACCCAAAACUCCAUAGGAAAGCAUUGUAUAAUGCUUUCCUAUAGGGAAAUCCUAAUGCGAGCGCGGCCAUUGCUUUGCAUCUCCCCAGCCGGCUGAAGUUGGCGGGGGAGGAGCGAUGGCAGACCUGAGCCAGCGCCGAGGAACAUCGGCUCUGGACCCAAGUAAGUGACAAAAAGGGGUUUAACCCCUUCUGCCAUUUUUAGGGACUCUUUCCCCAAGCCUUCUCUGUGACACCAAUACGUUGGAUUCAUUGCCAGCAUGUAAACAGAGUGAUGUCAUGUUCCUAUACUACCUAUACAACUCUAGCAACGUUGGCUAGAAGGUUUCCAUAGCGCAUGCUGUAAAGAAUUUAUCUUUAUGAAAUACUGAAAAGUAACAGAUCCAUUUUAAGCUAACACAGUGUACACAAUUUUAGUGCCCAUUUAAAAAAAAAAAAAAAAAAAAAAUUUUUUUAUAAAUUUGGCAAAAAUUUUUUUUUUUUUUUUUUUUUUUUUAAAUCCUGAUUGAUACUAAUUUAUAUGAAACCCUGUCAAAGUUAUUCAGCAAUCUGUGAAUUGGUUCCUUCCAGAAUUCCUGAGAAUUCAGUUUAGAGAAUAACCCUUUCAGAACCUACAAUAAAAUCUAUGAAAGAGGAGCAUUAGAAUUUAAUUAUUUUCACUAGACAAAAUAUUAAGUUAUAGAAUUAACUGAACCUGUAUAAUUAAAAGUUGUUAACAUAUUAACCCAUUCAGGACCGGACUGUUUUUGCGAUGUUUGUGCGUUAAGGACCAGAACUAUUUUAACACUUUUGUGGUGUUUGUGUUUAGCUGUAAUUUUCCGCUCUCUCAUUUACUGUUCUGAUACAUAUUAUAUAUUGUUAUUUUCAGGACAAAAAGGGCUUUCUUUACAUACUAUUAUUUUUAUCAUGUCAUAUAAUUUAAUUAAAAAAUAAUAAAAUAUGGUGAAAAAUUAAAAAAACACUUUUUUUUUUUACUUUUACUGAUCUACAAAAUCGAAUAAAACAAACUGCUAAAUAGAUUCAAAAUGUUGUCCUGAGUUUAAAAACACCCAAUGUUUGUGUUUUUUUUUUUUCUUUUAUUUGCAAGUUAUAGGGCUAUAAGUACAAGUAGGAAAUUGCUGUUUCAAAAUGUAUAUUUUUCAAAUGUAUCAAUAGUGACAUUGUAACACUGUUAUGUCAUAAAUCUCCAAAAAACACCCCACAUGUAUAUAUUUUUCUUAAACUAGAUAACCCAGGGUAUUCAUCUAAGAAUAUUUUGAUACGUUCUAUGCAGCCAUUUUACCACAAACCUUUGCCAAACUUUGCAUAGGUAGUUUAUUUUUAUUUUUUUAAAUUCACAUACAUUGCAAUUCAGGUAUAAAUUCACAGAUUCUGUUAGGUGUCACUACCAAACAACACCCCAAUAUGUGUUCAGCAACAUCUCCCGAGUACAGGGAUACCCCCCAUGUAUAGGUGUGUCGGGUUGUUGGGGGGCUAAAAGGCCACAUUUGGCAGGUGCGCAUAUCAGUUUCCCAGCUUGGAAUUUUGACAUGUAGUCAACCUGCAUGCAUGUCCUAUUUGGGACACUUUUGAAGCCGCCAAUGUAUUUUACCCCCAUCAAACCAUAUAAUUUUUGAAAAGUAGACACCCUAGGGUAUUUCACAUGGUGGUAUUUUAACACUUUACAUGCACUAAUUUUACCACCAGGCUUUGUCAAUUUUUUUUCUGUUUUUUUUCACACACAUUGCACUUUAGGCAUGAAUUAACAGAUCCUGUUAUGUAUCACUGCCAAACAACACCCCAGUAUGUGUUCAGCAAGAUCUCCUGAAUACAGUGAUAUCACCCGUGCAUAGGCUUGUCGGGUUCUUUGGGGGCUAAAAGGCCACGUUUGGCAGGUGCGCCUAUCAGUUUCCCAACUUGGAAUUUCGACAUGUAAUCAAUCUGCGCCCAUGUCCCAUUUGAGCCAAUGUAUUUUACCCCCAUCAAACCAUAUAUUUUUGAAAAGUAGACAACCCAGGGUAUUUUAAAUUGUGGUAUUUUAACACUUUUCAUGCACUGCAUUCUACCACCAGCCUUUGUCAAACUUUUGGGUAGUAAUCUUUUUUUUUGUUUCUUUGUCACACACAUUGUACUUUAGGCAUGAAUUAACAGAUCCUGUUAUGUGUCACUGCCAAACACUGCCCAAUAUGUUCAGCAACAUCUCCCGAGUACAGUGAUACCCCCCAUGUAUAGGGUUGCUGGGUUGUUUGGGGUCCAAAAGGCAACAAUCAGAACUUGUACAUGUCAGUUUUUCAACUUCAUAUAUAGGUAUGCUUGGUCUAUCUUCAGUUUGACAUAUUUUUGCACCCCCCCCAGUUAAUGUUACCAUCAUGACAGUAUAUAUAGUAUAUAUUUUUUAUAAAGUAGACAUCAAAGUUUUUAGAAGAUGGGGUGUUUUGACUUCUUUCCCCCAACCAUUUUGCCCCCCAAAGAAAGUGUAGUGGUAAUUUUUUUAAUUCUGGUUUUGGCCAGCUGGUUAUGUGUUACUGCCAGAAAACUUGUUAGACCGAAUGUGCAGGUAGCAAAUGUACAUUUAGCAGCAAUCUUUAAACUGACUCCUGCAAAUAGAAUCUAACUGGAUAUUUGGGGGAAGGAAACUGACAAAAAAUUGCUGCUUUCCAAAGAAACAAAAAAUAAAAUAAAAAUUGAGGAACACUUCUUACAACUGUUCUGUGUGGUACAGCUUGAAACAUGUUCCAACACACAGUCCUGGUUUCGAAGGGCAAUCAAGACAGUGAAAAGGGGUGUCUGUCCCUUUCCCGUUUUUAAAACAGACCCAGCAACGUUUCUGGGAUUUUUAUUAUUUUUUUCUAGCAGUUGGCGGUAACUUAAAAAUAAAAUGUCUGGACUCAGCUUGCACCGUUGUUGGAACUUGUCCAUCUCCAUAAAUUGUUAAAGAAAUUAUUUUCAACUGAAAUUUGAGAAAGGUGGUUUUCCCUGGAUUAUUUUUUUAAAAAAAAGCAAAAAUGAGCUGUGGGUUGCUAUUUGCAUCAUAUAGAUACACCUUUUUAUGCCAUGCUUUGGUUUUUUGUAAAAUAAGAUAUGGCUGCAUCAACUGAUCAGCCAAAUCAACCCCCCCCCAUGUACUUAUUAUACGCCUUAAUGGAGAUUUGGGGGAAGGAAACUGACUGACCAAGACAGACCAAGACACAGAUUUUUAAAACAAAUUUAACCCUUUAAGGGCAAAAAAAAAUACAGACAUGCACUGCUGUAACAGAUCUGUCAGGGAAGGGGUUUAAAGGGAUUUUUUAAAAUUCACUUUAGAUACUGUAUAAAGCUCUGAAACACUUCUGCUGCAACAAACUAUCACGAUCUCUUUCUCUCUCGCCUCCCAAAACGCUACAGAGGAGAGAGGGGCAGAGAUCACUGUCAAAGUGAGUGUUUGUAACACCCACUUUGACAGUAGCCAAUUGUGAGCGAUCGCGGAUCGCUUACACGCCGCAAUUCGCUAUUACGAUCUGCCUGGGAUGUCUGGCAGAUAGUUAGUGUUAUACUGGCGGGAGCGAUCUUUGAUUGCUUCCCGCAGCCAGUUUUUCGCUAUGACGCUUUAGGACCGUCAGCAGUCCAAACGCACGUUUUACCGCUGAUGGUCCUGAACCGUCAGCAGUCCUGAAGAGGUUAAAACCUGCAAGAAACAUUGAAAAGAUUGCUCCGGACGCCAUGACAUCUUCUUGUCGAUGAAGUUGUCAUGGUGCCAGCAGGUCCUGGGCCACCGUCUUAGCUUAAGGGAUUAAAUCAUUCGUAAUGUUGUGAAGGCAACAUCCAUCUGCUCUGUCACUUGCUUUCUGGGGAUAUCACCUGACUCACUAGCUUCAAAAACUGUGUGAGAAAGAUAUCUAUCAGUACUCAAUUUCCCCGAGGAUUCCUCAUUAAAACCUCGAGCAUCACUACUCUAUCACAAAGACUUAAGCUUCUGAUUGGAGUAUACCCUGGCACAGACUGGGGGUUACUGCUGGAGAAGGAGGGAAAGACUUGCAAAGGCUGCAGAUAACAGCUGUGCCGCAUUUGCAGAUUGUUUUUGUUUUUUACUGCAUGGUUUCUUUGGGGUAUACAUACUGAAAUAAAUCAAUGGAUUAUUCCUUUAAAGGACCACUAUAGUGCCAGGAAAACAUACUCGUUUUCCUGGCACUAUAGUGCCCUUAGGGUGCCCCCACCCUCAGGGACCCCCUCCCGCCGGGCUCUGGAGAGAGGAAGGGGUUAAACACUUACCUUUUUCCAGCGCCGGGUGGGGAGCUGUACUCCUCCUCUCCUCCUUGCUCGCGACGUCAUCGGCUGAAUGCGCAUGCGCGGCAGGAGCCGCGCGCGCAUUCAGCCGGUCGCAUAGGAAAGCAUUUACAAUGCUUUCCUAUGGACGCUUGCGUGCUCUCACUGUGAUUUUCACAGUGAGAAGCACGCAAGCGCCUCUAGCGGCUGUCAAUGAGACAGCCACUAGAGGCUCUGAGGCUGGAUUAACCCUCAGUAUAAACAUAGCAGUUUCUCUGAAACUGCUAUGUUUAUAAAAAAAAAAAAAGGGGUUAAUCCUAGAGGUACCUGGCACCCAGACCACUUCAUAAAGCUGAAGUGGUCUGGGUGCCUAGAGUGGUCCUUUAAUCCCUUAAGGACACAUGACAUAUGUGACAUGUCAUGAUUUCCUUUUAUUCCAGAAGUUUGGUCCUUAAGGGGUUAAGGUAAGAUGAGGAGGACCUCCUGGCACCAUAACACUUGAAUCGAGAUGAAAUUGUUAUGCUUUCCAGAGUGUUCCUUUAACAUCUGUUGCAGCAGAUUUUUACUUUUCUGAUCCUUUAUACCUCAACAACGUGAAUUCAUUAAAGCGUGAAUUCAACAAGGUGCUGGAGCCUUCCUUAGGGUUCUGGGUCCAUUUAGAUAAUAUAGGAAUGCUCAGCACUUGCAGAUUUUUUUCGUUACAUUUGUGGAGCAAGGGUGCUCCAGAAAAGUGUUUCUCAAUCUUGCAGGUCUAAAAUAAAAAAAUAUUAUCCUAAGUACUCUUUUUUUAAUGAUUAUUAUUAUUAUUAUUAUUUUUAUUUAUAUGGCGCCAGAAAAAUUGUUUUUCUCUCAAAAGUAAUUUCUAUUGAUAAAAUGUAUAUACAUUGAUCAUUAAUCCCAUAUUGGAGAACAAGCCUGAUUUAAAUGCAGUAAAGAAUAUUUUUUUCAAAUAAAUAUGGAAUAAUGUGAAUAUUGUGUAUGUAAGGAGUAUAUGAGCUACUAAACUGAAGUAUAAAAGUCGCAAAAUUAAAAUAAUACACGCAGAGGAUACUGACACAGUGGGGAUACACAUUUACACGCAGAGGAAAUUGAUACAUUUACAUACAGUCAGGUCCAUAAAUAUUGGGACAUCGACACAAUUCUAAUAUUUUUGGCUCUAUACACCAACACAAUGGAUUUAAAAUGAAAUGAACAAGAUGUGCUUUAACUGCAGACUUUCAGCUUUAAUUUGAGGGUAUUUACAUCCAAAUCAGGUGAACGUUGUAGGAAUUACAACAGUUUGUAAAAGUGCAUACUUUUUAAACACUAAUACGCCCGCUCACAUUUACCCAGAAAAAUGCCAAUCCUGCUAUCUUGGAAAGAGAACAAGUUCAUUGUAAUAGAUUCAUUUUGUUUGUAGAGAAAUUAGGCUUUGGUGCUUGUUUAUCUGCUUUCAUUUUCCGCGACAAGCUGCAAAUUUCUAUGCCAGGUUAUAAGGUACUACAUAAUAAAUUUGCAGAAUGUAGCAGAUUGUAUGAUGAACUGGCUGUACUGUGGAGAUACUGCAGCUGUGAAUCUUAUGAGAUUUUUCCCUGAAAUGUUCCCACUGGUGUCAUCUGCGGACAAUCUUUGAAAGCUGUAAUUUGGCAUUAUUCACAGAUGAAUGGUUUUGAGUGGUGGUAACUGAUUGUAUCUUCCUGAUUUACAAGGUUCAUGAAUAUCAAGUCCAUAGUCUGCUUCUUGAAUAUACUACUUUUUAAAGGGGUAGAAUCACUGAAAUACAAUGCAUAAAAAAUACCAUUUUCUUCCUUGCUAAUGCCCCCUUAUGACAGAUAUAUAUCAGAGUGCCAAGCUUGCAAAUACACUUAUUAAGCAUUGAAAAAUGCUUGUGAAAUGACACUUAAAAUGUAUAUUAUAGAUAAGUAAGCUGCUAUAACACUUGUGUGGGUCGUCUCCUUAUACACUACACCAAAUUAUAAAUUACACAUUGCGUAGUGGAUGUAAAACCCAGAAUUUGAAAGCGGAGUGCUUUAAGGAAAAGUAUAUACACUUACCCUUAUUUAGUGGUGUCCAGGAGUACGUGUCUAUAAUUCUGCUUUAAGCACUUUACUUUUACAUUUGUGGUUUUUCUCAACUAGGUAUUGUUCAGUUAUUAACCCUCCAUCGGACGUUACACAAUUUCUGAGUUUUUAGAAUUUAAUAGAAUGUUCCUAGGUAGAGAAUACCAAGCAGGCAGAUGCUCAACGACUUACUGUUAAAAUAAAAAAAAAAAAAUUCCAAACCUGUAUUUCUACUUUCACGUCCUACAAUAAAAACUGUUACAGGAUGUUGGGUUUUUUGGUUGUUGUUUUUCUUUUUCUUUUACGCAUAGUGUGUGAUUUGUAUAGCUUUUUCUGUAAAACCUUGGUCAAUGAAGGAUUAGAGCAUGGUGUCCAACCUUUCGGCUUUCUCGGGACACAUUGUCUUGGGCCACACUAAAAUAUCUAAUAUAAUUGAAGAUUAUACUAGCGUAGUGUACUAAUAAUCUUAAUUUUAGUAAUGACAGCAGUCAAGUAUUUUGCAUUAACUUUCUUUACCAACUCCAUAGCAGCAAAGAAAAAACAGAACGCAGUCUGAGUGUAUUUAAGGGAAAGCAUAUCCCCAUCACUUCCUCUUGACACAUGCAACAUCACAAGUCCAGAACCAAACGAGAAACUUACGCUGAAAGAAAAGAAACUAGUUUCAGUGAUACGGAACCAACCGUAUGAAUGUAGUACAGUGAGCUUACGUAAUUAGAUGUCAAUGUACCUGACAUAGAUCUAACAUUAUCCGAAGUUAACAUACUAGAGUAAUAUACCCAUGACAGAAAUUUCUCUAUAUGCUAAUUUCUCACAAACCUAUCAUGUAUACACAUAAAGUACUACAAACCCCCAAUAUCUUGUGACCCAUAGCUUACCUUAUAUCAGGGUGGGAUGAACAACAUACAAAAAAGGGGAGGGGAAUACUCUCCUCCUGUCAUUACUAGCAUUACGAUUAUUCAUACCCUACGCUAGUAUAAUCUUCAAUUCUACCACAUUACAGGAGGCUUCAUAAGAGAAAAUGUGGCAUUAGAUGAUGGUCAGAAAUAGAAUGUCCUGAACGUGGAUUCACGAGACCAGUCUGCCACUUGUAAGAUGUCUGAAAGUGACGCGCCCGCUAUAAAAGCAGUCAGUGCUGCUGCUCCGCGAACAGAGUGGGCACCAAAAGACUGUAAGUAGCCAUCUAAUCCAUCUGGACAGAGUGGUGACUGAAAUCAGACCGUGAGGACUGACACAUGAAACCAGCCGUUGUCGGGAUAGUGCUGUGCGCAACUUCUCAGUCGCCUUCACAUAUGCCCGCAAUGCUGCUACCACGCAGAGUUGGGGGUCCGAGGCAAAAAACGGGUAGAAGACUGACGAUGAGUCUGAUUUAGUCCGUCGGGAAAUACAGAACGUGACUCCCUCCAGAGCAACCGAAAAGGCGUCCACGUUGAAAGCGGCCACAUCCAAGACUCAUCGCAGUGAGACAAGGCACAGUAGAAAUGUAAAUUUGGCCGUCAGUUGUCGUAGGAAUAGGAGUUCAUUGGAUGGCCAUCCUCUCAAGAACCGAAGCACUACCCCCACAUCACACAGAUGUUGAUAUUUGGGGGCUGGAGGUCGCCUAAGUUUGAUGCCUCGUAGCAGUCGAUAGAUCAGGGGGUCUUGACCAACCGCCCUCCCUUGAACAGGUGCGUGGGCUGCCGAUAUAGCGGACCUGAUGACGUCGAUGGUGCGGUAUGACUUGCCUUCCUCAAAGUGUGAAGACAGGAAUUUCAUGAUCACGGCAAUAGGUGCUGUAAAGGGAUCAAGGUCCCAUCCCACGCACCAACAGGUCCAAGAUCGCCUGGCCGAUCAGUAACUUUUCCUUGUUCCAGGGGCCCAUGAGUCCCAUAGCAGGUCUCUAGUAGCCCACGAUAAGUCGCUGGUACACCAUGCACCCCGCGAAAGAGUCCAGGCUACUAAGGAUAGGCGUCCAUCCAGGAGCUUAGGAUGAAGGUUCCCUACUGGCCCCUUUGCCAACCUGCCCUGGAAAAAGCACCCCAUGGUAGGGUUGCCUUUAAAGACCCUGUCCAUGGAGGUACGGGCCUUACUUAGAGAGGUGAACACAUUUCCUUUAUAAAGGCCUCUCCAAACAAUUUUCCCUGUGCCUGUGGGCCUAGUUCUUUAACACCAAUAUCCACCAGUGUGGGGUAGAUGCGGUAGAGUGCUGCACCAUUUAGUAUUGCCUAUUAAACAAAACCCUCUUUGGGUCACUCGCUCACUCACACACCAUAUCCGCAUUGAAAGAGUCUGCACAGACGUAUGCGUCAUCCGCCAAGUACAUAACACGGGCCAGAGGCUCCAUCAUGUCCAGGAGUUUAUCCUGUGUGCCCCGGAAGCCCAUUUCGACCCCUCUGCGAUGGUCUCGACCUCCACGUGUCAUAAAUGCCAGCAUGAGCUGGUCAAACUCAGACUAAAUGCCACUUUAUCAGGCAACGAUGAUCUGGAGCAUUCGGCCCUCAUCCUCUUGCCCCCUUUUGUCCAGGGGCUUUCGAAUCCUAAAGUGCAUAAGCUUAAGGAGGUGUUCUGGUGGAGUCCACUCCCCAGAGUGGGGAUGCCUGAUAUUCCUGGGGUCGAACAUCCUCUGCCCCGUAGUGACCAGGACAACCUCCUGGUCCUGCGCAGUGAACGUCUCCGUCAUCCCUGCAUCCUCCUUACUCUGGGGCUCACCCAAAAAGAUCUCCCCAACGUAGGUGUUGGAGCCCCAAUCGCCGUCGUCUGGGUCUGAGACCUCUGCCCGCCACUCGUCCACAACUGGGAGGGAGUCUGGCACUUCUCUUUCCGCAUCUGAGGAAUCGUGCAAUAGGAGGAGGGGUGUUCAUUGUUGGGCGCUUAUUGCGCUUAAGGGGUGUUUUACCCUUACCGUGGACCUUCCUGGAGCCCUCACCCUUCCAAUGGCGUUUUGCCGGUUGUGCUCUCUCUCUCUGGAGGAGUCAUCUGACUUAUCUGAGUCAUCUCUGGCUUGGGAGCGUUUUGGGGCAGGUAUGUCUGCCCGUUGGGAAUACUUUGGCCAUAGAUUUUGCCAGAGAUGCGGCCACUGCCGCGUUAAUCAUAGCCUGGAGAUCCGUGGGGUUCUGGUUGUCUUCAUGAUAGUUUUAUAUGGGUACGAAUACUGCUUCUAACAGGCACAGGUAUGAGCGGUAUAGGGGCUGGUCGGGAGGGACAUAAGCAGACCGUGGGCCUUCACUCACUUACAGACUAUUGGCGUGUGGUAAUAAGCAGACUCUUGUUAUGAUCACUGGGGCUCAUCCAGGAUAAUCGGAACUGCAAAUGCAGUUUCCAUUCAGCAGCACUCUGGGUAUUACCCAAAUGGGGGUUCACCCCUUGCCAGAAUACUAGGGUAUACCUGACUGGCAGUCCCACUCAGGGGUAUUACACCAAGCUGACCAGGUCCCUAACAGUAUGCACAGCACAGAUGGGAGUAAAAUCCACGACUAACAAAACCAACAAGAUAGCCACCGCGGGUCUCUCAAGAACCGGGGCUAACAUGGUGUAAAAAGCCAGCGAAAUGCGUGAAUGUCAAUAGAUGCGAACGGAGAAUUCCACGAACAGUCCGUUCGUGUAAAUCUACCAAAUGCUGUAUGUGAACGGGAAACCCCGCGCACCGCCAGUUCAUGCGCAAGCCACCGAACACUAUGCACAGAAUAGGCGUGAACGGGGAAAAAUUCACGAACAGCCUGUUCGUGCCUAAAUACACGAAUCAAUACAGUUCCCAGCCCGAACGCACUGAAGUCAAUGCGAUUGGUGCAGGAAAAGUGAGGAAAGUGGCAGAUAUAGCCAUCGGGGAGUUAUAGGCCGCCUCAGGUAAAAGAUGGCCUGGGGAGAGGGGACAGAACUCCAGAGAAAAACAGCCCCACUAGAGAAGUGAAGAUAGAGGAUAGCCCCCUGUCAUCCCCACAGGAAAGGAAAAUAGUAACCACAUACAAUAAGUACAGUUUUAAAACAGAGGCAUAGAACAAGUACUCUGACCUGACUUAUGAUGGAGCAGCAAAGAAAGAGGAAGUGAUGCGGAUAUGCUUUCCCUUAUAUACACUCUGACUGUGUUCUGAUUGGUUCUUUAUUUCACCUGUUUUUUUUUCUUUGCUGCUAUAAAGUUAGUAAAGAAAGUUAAUACAAAAUAUGAAGCCUCCUGUCAUGUGGUAAAAUUAUAGUCAGGAACACAAACACGUUUUUCUGACCCUAUUGUAUUAAAACCAUCAUCUAGCCCCCCUGCCCCCUCUUGCCUCCCUAAAUAUACUAAAAUCUUACUUGUAUUUAAGUCUGCAGUUGCUGUCUCUGCCACUGAACUGCCUCUGACCUGUCUGCUGACAUUAUCAGAAGUGGUGGUCUGAGCCAAUCACAAUGCUUCCCCAUAGGAUUGGCAGAUCAGGGGUAGAUGUUACUUCGGGGGACCUGUCAAAAUAUGUAAGUGAUCAGCUUAAUUUGUCCUACUAGUGCUUGCCUCAAGUGCACACACAUCGUGGUCUGAGAUUUAACUUUGCAGGAUAGAUAAUUGAGCCACGAAGCAUGUGUGGACUGUGCUCUUAUCCUGGUUCACUAAAUAGUGAACUGGGUUGUGUGUAAAUUUAUAGCAUUCGUGGUAUAGCUACUAUCAGUUUACAUAGGAGGUCCAUUAAUUCUGGCAGGGGUGUAGAAAUUUCUCUUUUUUUUUUUUUAAUAAAUCUAAUUCUCCAAGACCCUAAAAUGUCCAUCAUGAUAAUCAACUUUUCAUGACUUAAAAUAAUUUCAAUUAGAAUGUUUGGGAACCAUGCUUAGACCUGGACAUUGAUAGGGUUAUUCGGUAAAUAAAUCAUAAUUACCUAAUCUGGAAAAAUUCUCAAACUUGGUUAUAGUCACAGCUGGCUAAUUUUUUUAGUUUUUCCAUUCGGAUAUAAUUGGCAAGAAUGUGUUGUUUAGUGUCUUGUCUGUUGUCCUUCAGAGUGUGUGUGGUGGCUGGGUGUAUGCUGGCGUUCUGUGGUGUGUGCUGGCUGUGUAGUGGUGUGUUUUGUGUACUGGGUGACAUGAUAUGUGGCAGCAUAAAGGGAGACACUGGAGAAAAGGUAAAGGUUUUUUUUUUAUUUUUUACAUCAUACUUCACAGAUGGAUGGUAAAAUGUAACUAGGGACAAGGAUUGUAUAGCGUUAGGAAUAAAGAUUUAUAUUCCUAGCACUAUAAUGUCCCUUUAAAGAAAUUGGGAGGCUUGACCUGUAAUGGUAUCCUUCCCACUUUUUUGCCUAGCACAUACCAAAGCUGGGGGUACCUCGGUGUGUGUACUCAUCCUCUUCCGGCACACCACUUGGAAGGCCCCUAACACAAUUUACUAUGAAGAACACCUGCAUUUAAUUAACUUUCGUUCGUAGUAAAUCGUAAAUUAAUGUUAAUUACCGUAUAUACUCGAGUAUAAGUCGACCCGAAUAUAAGUCGAGACCCCUAAUUUUACCCCCAAAAAACUGGGAAAACUUAUUGACUCGAGUAUAAGACUAGGGUGGGAAAUGCAGCAGCUACUGGUAAAUUUCUAAAUGAAAUUAGAUCCCCCCAAAAUUAUAUUAAUUGAAUAUUUAUUUACAGUGUGUGUUUAUAAUGAAUGCAGUUUGUGUGUAUAUAAUGCAGUGUGUGUAUAUGAGUGCAGUGUGUGUGUGUGUAUGUGAUGCAGAGCUUUGGUGGGGGGUGGGCAUUUUUAUUAUUAUUUUUUUUUUUUAAUUAUUAUUUUUUUUAUAUAUUAUUUUUAUUUUAAUAUUAUUUAAAUUUUUAUUUAUAUUUUUUUCGUCCCCCUCCCUGCUUGAUACAUGGCCAGGGAGGGGUCUCUCAUUCCCUGGUGGUCCAGUGGCAUGGGCUGUGUAGGAGGGGGGCUGGCAGAGAGCUGUUACUUACCUUUACAGCAGCUCCUGUCAGCUCCCUUCUCCUCCACUGUAAGUCUUGCUGUCUGACUGCCGUGCGGAGCAUUGCCACGGUAACCCGUGGCAACGCUCUGACCCCGCAGCUCUCGCGAGACUUACAGUGGAGGAGAAGGUUGCUGACCGGAACGGAGGAGAGAGAAGGGAGCUGACAGGAGCUGCAGGAAAGGAAAGUAACAGCUCUCUGCCAGCCCCCAACAGGACAAUGUAAGUUGCCAUAAUACAGACUCUGACUCGAGUAUAAGUAAAGUGGGGGUUUUUUAUCACAAAAAAAUGUGCUGAAAAACUCGACUUAUACUCGAGUAUAUACGGUAUGUUAAAAUGUAAUAGAGUGCAUUCCCCUUUCCUUUUAGAAAAAUUCUAUUUGCUUUUAAACUAUAUAUGCAUACACACCUACCUACACACAAAAAAGUAAUUGAAAAUCCCUUCCACAUGAAGUCCGUAGAUAGUCAUUACAUUGUUUAAACAUAGAUCUUCACACACUAAGUCAUAAGUCUUGCUUUAAAUUAUUAUUAUUAUGUUAUUAUUUAUAUAACGCCAACAAAUUCCGCAGCGCUUUACAAUGGGUGGACGAACAGACAUGUAGUUGUAACCAGACAAGUUGGACACACAGGAACAGAGGGUUUGAGGGCCCUGCUCAAUAAGCUUACAUGCUAGAGGGAGUGGGGUAAAAUGACACAAAAAGGUAAGGAUAGUAUUAGACUAAUGACAGUUGCAAGAGAGGAAUCAGUCGGAGCUAUUAACAGUUUAAUUGAUGCACUUUUAUGAAGAAGUAUGUUUUUAAUGAUUUUUUUUUUGUAAGGAGUGGAGACUGGGUGAGGGAAGUGAGUUCCACAGAAACGGUGCAGCCGUUGAAGGUGGGAAUAAGGACAGAAGAUAGACGUAAAUCUAAAAUUUGCAGUGAUGUUACUACUGCAAGGGACUCUGGCUGGACAUAUGCAAAUGUGUUCAACAAAUAAUCACCUUUUUGACUCAUUAUUACAUUUUAAACAUGGAUUCCUUGGAGUUUGUUUGCUGUGUACAACAGCUCUGAAACACAACUCAGGAUCAGAUGCAAUCCCAGCACCAUUCAUUUUAGCUGUUGUGCUUUGAAAAGCUAAAUAUAAUAAAUUCAAUUUAAAGGCAUGUGCUGAACACUGAAAAUAAAGUAUUAGUAUUUUAUUUUAUAGUAUGUCAGCAUGAAUCACAAUUGGUUAUUUAUGAAUUGCGUUCGCUCAAGUCAGGGGUUUUUCCAAUUAACUAUCAAUAAUAAUAAAACAACAAAAAUGACAGUAUACGUUACCAGUAUUGCAAUGGUUGCAUGAUAUCAAAAAAGUUGGUAAAAGGUUAGGGAAAUAAAUCGAACUUGUCAUGUUAACCAGUGCAAGUAUGUAUUGCAGGGUUCUAUGUUGAAUUAAUUUAGUAAUUGUACGCAACACAAUAGUUUAAAUAUCAUUUCGUUUUCUGGGGGGUUUUUUGUUUUUUUUUCUUGUGCAUUCCGAUAAUAAAAUAUGGCCAUAAAACAAUGAGACCAUAAUUUAGCAAAAUAAAAAAAAAUGUUUUUGUGAUAUCAAAUAUUCGCACAUCUAAGGCCAGGUUCAACCACUGAAAGUUAAGGGCUGCAUGACUGUCUAUGCCAUCGUUUAACGCUUUUAAGCCCAAUGACUGCAUAGACCAUAAUGCAUUAAAAGUACCAGCUGGGAAUUAGUCCUUUCGAUGGUCCUCUCUGUCCACUUAAGCCGCAAUUAGUGGCUCCAGACUGACAUACGAGCCGCGUGCAUCACUCAAAGUGAGAACUGUGAGCCUGCACCCAGAGGGUUAGAAAAGACCCUGAUCAAGUCAACCUGCAUGCCCCCCUGCCGGCUGUGAUCGAUGCUGAUGUGACAAAGAAGAUCGUCAGUAAGACCAUGGCGGCAGCACGUACACUUACCUUCCUCUCUACCAAACAGACCUUCAUUAGAGCAGUCACUGUUGGGGGUCGUUGCAAAAUAUAUGAAGACUCAGACAGUGACAUAGAUGCUUUUAUGUCGAAACAGAUCAUUUAGAUCCUAACAGCUUGCAAAGCAUGCAAGGUAAUAAUGUUUUCUGAAGAUGGGUUCUUCAGUCUUUUUAUUUUUUAUUUUUUUAAGCUUGGUUCUUGACCAGGAUUAAUCACAUCCAAAACGUUGACAUUUAAAAUUGUGGAGUAGAUGCAAAUAAUAAACAAAUACAUGGGUGGUGUAUGUGUAUAUACAUAUGUGUGUGUGUGUGUGUGUGUGUGUCAGUAUGUUGAAUGCAAGUAUUUUUAAUUGGCGAUCCUUACUUACUGAAAUAUUUAAUCAUUAUGCUGCUGUUUGCUAAUGAGUCAGAAUCCGAUAGUGCAUGAUUGUGCCAGGAUUGGCUGAAAGACCACAGCUAUUUCCUGAUUCAAGGUUUGCUGUAAAUUAAGUUUUUUUUUUUUUUUUUUUUUUUUUUUUUUUUUUUUUUUUUUUUUUUUUUUUUUUAUUCCAAUAUUUCCUUAAUACAUAAGAAGAGGUUAUAAAUAUACCUUAUAAAUGUUCCUUUAUAAACAUAUUUGCAUGGAAAGUAAAUCUGCUGGGUGUUACAGUACGCAUAUUAGAAUUAUAUUUGGAGUGAUGAAUAGCUUUUUGCACUACAUGUAGUAUAUUCAUUUCUUUUUGCUAUAUUUUUCUAUGCCAUUAUAAAUACUAAAGAUAUUUUAAAGGUUACAUAUUUGCGCAAGCAGUAAAUCUCUGCAUAUGAAUUGCCAUAUCUGCGUGUGCACUUCGAUUGACAUAAGAUGGUUAUAAAUAUGAAUUAUGGCUUGCUCAUGAUCAUACUAAGCACACGAGCAGAAUAAUGAUUAUUACAUAGGGAGUCAUUAAAUGCAUGAACCAUGUACGAGAGGAAGGAGGAAGCUCUGGAGAAGGAGACUCCUGGGAGAGCAGAAUUGAAGUUUCCUUGAUAGGAAGGAUCCUCCAGGAAUUAGAAAGUGAUAAUAUUUUCAGGAUACCAUAAUUGAAAUUUGUGCUCGGGAACAGGUUGUUAAAUUUUGUUCAACAUUUUAAAAGAAAUGUAUCUAACACAAGCAACCAGAAAUGAAACCUGUUCUGUAUUCUAAUUAAUGAUAUUAAAUCAACCGAUAACGUGUAUGGGUUUUGAGAGAGAUGUUUUGUUUUAUACAUGUAGCAAAAUAUUUACUUUAAGUGAAUAUUAAAUCCUUCAGGUUACUGUUUUUAGAUUUUUAUUACAGAAAGUAUAAUUCUGGAAUAAAGAAUCUCGUUGCUAAUACAUUUAUUUUUUUUUCUCUCCAGGUAUCUCUGGGAAAAGUCAGAUUCUUUUUGCAAUUGUUUUCACUACUCGAUACCUAGACCUGUUUACAAAUUUUAUCUCCCUCUACAAUACAUCAAUGAAGGUAAAAGUCCAUCUUAUUUAAUUCAUUUUUUUUGUGUGUGUGUGUGUAAUAAGCACUGAGAAUUGUCAUACAUUCUCAUGUAGUUUUCACACUGGGAAGCCAGUGACGGGUAGCCUUUCACUAGCCGCCUUGUCCAAGGUUUCUUUAUUGAAGCUGGGGAAUGAGGAGUUUAACCCCUUUAAGGUAAGAUUAGAGCCCAGGACCUCAAGACACCAUAACAAUUUCACUGAGAUGAAGUUGUAGUUUUUCCCGGAGAGUUCCACUAUGGCACCAUUGCAACUUCAUUGAAAUGAAGCUGUUAAGAUAUAAGGAGUUCCUGUGCUCUGGCUUUUCUGAAGGGCUUACCAGACUAUUUAACUUCAAUGUCUUCAGCCAGCACCCAAUCGCUCUGCAUCUGUACUUCCACUCAAUACCCUGACUUUAAUCAGGAAGCCUCGGCUCAGUCACUGCUGCCAGCGUCAGCUGACGCUUUGAGCCUUAUCUGCGCCAUUUUUCCCUCUUCUUUUUUUUUUUUCUUCUCAAUGGGAUUCUACUAAUUAAAUAAGUCCAUUACGAUGAAGUUGCUAUGGUCCCAGGAGUGUCACUUUAAACUCCGUUUUUGAUAACUACAACUAUUGAAAAAGUUGUGACUGCAGAAGCUGCAAAACUCUGCCUCUCUGUGCAUUUUUCCAUAAAAUACUUCCAUGAGACUUUAAAGUUAGUCCUCACUAAUGACAAGGCCUCUUUAUUUUAAUUUGCAGGCUUUGGAAAAGUACGAGCUCUGACCAGUCUAGUGUAUUCUCCAUAUAUAGUUGCAGUUCUGUUUAGUUUUUUUUAACUUUUGCAUGAUUUAUAAAAAGGCUGUAAUAUUUUGUUAGUAGUUUGAGUAUUACCUUAAAAAUUAAAUGACCACUAUAGUGCCAGGAAAACAUACUCGUUUUCCUGGCACUAUAGUGCCCUGAGGGUGCCCCCACCCUCAGAGACCCCCUCCCGCCGGGCUCUGGGGAGAGGAAAGGGUUAAAUUUUUACCUUUCUCCAGCGCCGGGCGGGGAGCUCUCCUCCUCUUCAGCUGAAUGCGCAUGCGCGGCAGGAGCUGCGUGCGCAUUCAGCCAGUCUCAUAGUAAAGCCUUCAUAAUGCUUUCCUAUGGACGCUUGCGUCUUCUCGCUGUGAUUUUCACAGUGAAAAGCACGCAAGCGCCUCUAGCGGCUGUCAAUGAGACAGCCACUAGAGGCUUUAGAGGCUGGAUUAACCUAUUUAUAAACAUAGCAGUUUCUCUGAAACUGCUAUGUUUAUAAAAAAAAUGGGUUAAUCCUAGCUGGACCAGGCACCCAGACCACUUCAUUAAGCUGAAGUGGUCUGGGUGCCUAGAGUGGUCCUUUAAGGCUGGUAGUUUGCAAAUUUUUUCCUGCAUGUCUGUUCUUAUUUAACGAAGCAGUGCGUUUAGGAGACUUGAGAACCAAUCUCUAAAAUUUAGUACAAUAUAGGCAAGCUAGAAAUAAAAAAAAAAAUGUGUUUAAUAAAUAAUUCAAAGGUCUCCAAGCUUAAACUGGAGUUAUAUAGUAUGUUUACAGCAACUCGUUUGUUGCUUAAGUACCAGCACUAAAAAUUUUCACAUGCACAGAGCAACGUGAGGGCUAACAGCAUGCUGUGCUUUAAUAUGGGCUUGGGUUUUAUGCCAUCUGUCAAUGAACUGCAUACAUUUUUAUUUUGAAUUGUGAUGGUUAACUGAGCCUUUAAUUUAUACAGUAUUUUUGAAGCCGUGAGGCCUGGGGCAUGAUUUCUGUAGCCUCUUCUAAUGGUUUCAGUAGUGCUAGCUCCUCCUUUAGCACUAUAGUAUUUUUUAAAUACAAUUAUGGGCUGUGCAUUGUAAUCUUUGUUUUUCUGAAGUUGUAAUUGUUAAAGUAUAAAAUUGGAACAUUGCAGAGUUUGAUUAACCUUGGUUAAAGCACUUAUGCAGUACAUGCAAGUUUAUAGCAAGCUCUCCUGGAAACAAACAGUAUGUAGCCUCAGUAAAAACCAGAUGAAGAGCAGAGUGAUAGACCAUGAACAAAUUAGCCAACACGCUACCCUCAUAAAUAUUAAAAUAAAAAAUAAAUAUGUGUGUGUGUGUGUGUAUAUAUAUAUAUAUAUAUAUAUAUAUAUAUAUAUAUAUAUAUAUUAAAAAAAAAUUUUUUUGUUUGUUUCUUUCAAAAGAAUGUGUUCAUAGCGGGACAAUUAAUUUAAUAUUUUUAAUAAAUAAGUCCGUUACAAGUCAACGUUGUCCGCCGUCUAAGCAGAAUUUUGUAGAUGAUCAUUUGGUAACAGAUCUCCAUUUUAGAAACCUAACUGCUCUAGUAGCAGGUAAGGCAGGAUAAUAGCGAUAAAAUGACUCCAUACAGGACACAGGCCUUGUCACUAUUGGUUUGCUAUAAUUUGUAACCGAACACUUUGAUAUCUUAAACAAAACAACAAGAGUGCUGUCUUGUGCUCAUUAUGGGAACGUUAUUUUAUUUCUUAUUAAUUUGUUGGUCUUUUUGUAUCUCCUCAGGUGGUGUACGUUGCUAGUUCAUAUGCUACAGUAUGGAUGAUCUACAGCAAAUUCAAAGCUACGUAUGAUGGGAACCAUGAUACAUUUCGUGUGGAGUUCCUUAUUAUUCCUACAGCUAUCCUGUCCUUCCUUGUUAACCACGACUUCACCCCUCUAGAGGUAACCAGAGCAAUCAAAUUUUGCGUAGUGCCAGCAAUAACUCUGUAGAAUAGUCGGCUGUGUGCAAAGUUCUAUCCGCUAACACAGUGGUCUAGCUCUAUUUUGGCUAUUUUGUUAAGAAUACAGCAUCAAUUGCUCUACAUAGUCAGCUCCUUGUUUGCUGGUCCAGCAGAAGAUGCCUUCUUUAAAGACCUGCUGUUCACUUCUCAAACACAUCUGCACACAAACCUCACUUCAUACCAUCCAUUCUUUGUUCCCCACUACUUUUAUACAUUGUACAGACCACCCUGCCUCAUGCUUUGGUUUUAUUGGGGGUUUUUUUAUUUUUUUUUUAUUUUUUUACUUUUUCCCUCGGGCAUCGUAGUCUCUGUGCAGGAAUCAUCACAUAUUCAAAACAUUCUGUACUGCUUUGCUCUACACUGGCAAAUCUUUUGGGGCCAAUUAUACAAUUGUACUAAUUGGUUUAGUAAUUGUUUAAUGGUUCAAAACUACAAAUGUUUAAACUAACACCUCUUUAGUGUUUUGUGAUUUGAGAAGGCGGCUAAGCUAUGUAACAUCGUUAGAAAGAUUGAAAAGAAAAAAAAACUGGAUCUCUAUCAGAGUGUUCCAGAGUUAAUGGUUUGGUGGCAUAUGCACUUGGCAUUCUGCCUACUGUCUCUCUGUCAUUUAUCAACAUAAAGUGUAAUUGUCUUGGAAUAUACUCUUUUAAAAGUAUACAUUGGGGACUGGAGUGGACAACGGUCAGAGCAUCCUAACCAUAAUGGAGAAAUAUAUUUAAAGCAUUGCUUUGGGUGUAAUAUAUACACACACAAACAUGCACAAUUCCGAUAGCACCAUCUGUAACUGUAAUGGGUUGCACUACAAAUUUGCUAAUUAUUUUUAUAGUUGUAUAAAAAUUGCUCUUUAACCCUAGCUUGUCCAUGAUUUAUAUAGAACAUUUAAUUUAAAGGUACACAUCUGUCCUUAGCACAGUGUAUCUAUAUAAAAUGGAUGGUAUGAUUAGCGUGCCAGUUUUUUUUUUUUUUUAAAUCAGAAAUAAUCAGAUUAAAAUUGCAAUAUGCGGUCACCACUAAUAUGCAUUGUGUAAUAUUACAUGUAAUACAUCCUAUUAUGUCACCUUAAAACACACGUGAACUGCAUGUAUUUUUUUUAUACCUGGUUCACAGCACGGAGUGUUAAUGUUUAGGGUGUAUUAUUUUGCAGUGUGAAUGUGCAGAGAUGUUUGUAUGUGUGGUUGUGAUUGCAGGAGUGUAUAUGUACCCCUUCUUUCAUCCAUCCAUGUUUCAUCUUCCCAUGCCCUUUUGCUUGAUUCUCUUCCCAACUUGAUGUUGAAUGGGUUUUAGAUUCCUAGAUUACUAUGUAACUAUGUCGUUCUAAUUUCCUAAGGCCCCCUCCUUAUUGGAGAGGUCUCAUUCCUAGUGUCCGGGAGUAGUGCUUGGGCUACUUCUAAACACAGCGGUCCCGCAGCUCUAUCUCUGUAAUGACUUUAUGGUGCUGUGUUCAGAACUAGCCAAACCACAGCUCUAUGUAGCUGUGCUUAACUCUAUGAUGUUGGCAGAGGCUCUGGUCGCUUAGUUUCUAGACCCUUUGCUGGCUUCUCUACUGUAAGUAGCUGCAACGUAAAGGUCAUAAAUGGUUUAAUCCUGCACCUAGGCCCACCCUUACUCAAUUGAAAAUGUAGAGCCACACAGUCUGCAUUAAAUAAUGGUGAGUCACUCAGUUAUGUUUCUUAUGUAUGUUUUUGUUGCUUUUUAUCUAACAGAUUCUUUGGACCUUCUCUAUCUACCUUGAGUCUGUUGCCAUACUGCCCCAGCUGUUUAUGGUCAGUAAAACUGGUGAAGCUGAAACGAUCACCAGCCAUUACCUCUUUGCUUUGGGAAUCUACCGUACCCUUUAUCUCUUCAACUGGAUAUGGCGCUUCCAGUUCGAAGGAUUCUUUGACCUCAUUGCUAUUGUUGCCGGACUGGUGCAAACCAUACUUUACUGCGAUUUCUUUUACCUGUACAUUACCAAAGGUGAGAUGGAAUAUAUAACAGGAUUAGUUUAUACAGUGUAUGAGUUUACAUAUAUCAUCUUUGAUGAAAGAGGCAUAUGGCAAUGUCAGUGGAAAUGAUCAUUUGUGUCUAGUAAAGGUUUUUUGUUUACUUCAAUAAUUGCGUACAUAAGUCAUAAGAAACAUGAAGUGUACAGGAGUUAUUAUUGGAUUGAUAACUAUGUCUCUGGUCAAUAAGUGGUAAUUUUAAAUAUGACUAUCCUGCUGUACAUUCAAAGAAUACAGUCAAAGAAAAAUGUCCAGUUGGUAUGUUAAUGUGGAAAGAGAAACUUCGACUUUAGCACUGUAGACUGAAAGGGAUGCUGGAGCAUGACAGAUCCAGGUAAAUGUCAAACUUUUUGUAUGUUUUGAAGAAAAAAAGAAAAGCUAAAUAUUCAAGGACAUAAUUAAUAUAUAGCUUGUUGAUCCAAGGAGAAAUCUGAUUAUGACGAUGGUGAGGAAUGUAAGGAUCUAUUUUGUGGAAUAGAUCAAUAGUAUAAAUCGUUAUCUGAAAGAUUGAACUUACAGAAAUGACUUACCUGAUUCCAGUGCCGAUCUCCCUCGGCGCUGGUUCAGGCUCCGCCAACGUCAGCCUGCGGGUGGCCUAAUGCGCGAUCGUAUUAGGACUUUACAAUGGGGUUUUGUGUGAUGCUGGAUGUCCUAAUGUUCAGCGUCAGGUGACUAAAAGUCCACUAGAGAUCGAGAUAAUGUAAUUAUUGCAGUUUCUCAUAAAAUUACCUGGGACACCGCACCCAGAGCUGAGUAGUAUGGGUGCCCAUAGUGUCCCUUUAAUAUAAAACUAUGCUUGUCCCAUUUCUCCAGUUAGUUCAUAACCCUGAUAUUCCAUAUGUCCAAGCAGCAGUCAUCAUAAAUGGCCAGUUGCCUUUUCCUCUCUUACAGGACCAGGUAGCUUUGCAAAUGUUAAAGGACCACGAUAGGCACCCAGACCACUUCAGCUUAAUGAGGUGGUCUGGGUGCCAGGUCCAGCUAGGUUUAACCCCUUUUUUUUUUUUUUUUAUUAACAUAGCAGUUUCAGGGAAACUGCUAUGUUUAUAUUAGGGUUAAUCCAGCCUCUAGUGGCUGUCUCAUUGUCUCACAGUGAGAAGACGCCAGCGUCCAUAGGAAAGCAUUGUGAAUGCUUUCCUAUGGACUGGCUGAAUGCACGCGCGCGGCUCCUGCCGCGCAUGCGCAUUCAGCCGAAGAGAAGGUGGAGAAAGAGGUAAGUUUAGCCCCUUCCCCUCCAUCCAGCCCGGCGGGUGGGGGCACCCUCAGGGCACUAUAGUGCCAGGAAAACGAGUGUUUUCCUGGCACUAUAGUGGUCCUUUAAGAUAAAACCAAAUCCAAUCUCCUCCUGUCCAACUCUUAUAAAAGGGCAGCACUACCAUGAGCUCCCCAGUUUUUCUGCCUGUCAUAUUGAAAUAAUCAUAUUUUUAUUCUUUAAUUUUUUUAUAAACCUAGUUUUACUCACAAGAAAUUAUCUUAAAUUUACAUCCCAGACACACAAGGCUCACUGAAAGGCUCACUGAAGUGCAUGAUGUGUCUGGAGUUUGUCAUACUUGUGACAGUUUAUAAAAGUGCCAAUUUAAAUAGAAAUUGGCACUUCUAUAAAACUUUGCAAAAACGCCUCCCCACCUGUCAGACAGCCGUCAAGGUUUUCUUCUGCUGCUGAUGGCUCCGUGCUGCUUAUGGAGAGAAUUUGAUUGGCACAGCAAGGCAAUUUUUCAUGGAUGUUCAGUAGUCGCUUAAAGGACCACUAUAGGCACCCAGACCACUUUAGCUCAAUGAAGUGGUCUGGGUGCCAGGUCCCUCUAGUUUUAACCCUGCAGUUGAAAACAUAGCAGUUUCAGAGAAACUGCUAUGUUUACACGGAGGGUUAAUCCAGCCUCUAGUGGCUGUCACACUGACAGCCACAUCAGUGAAAAGAUGCUGACGUUCAUAGGAAAGCAUUGAGUAAUGCUUUCCUAUGGGCGGUUUGAAUGCAUGCGCGACGCGCGCAUUUGGCGCUGACGUUCGGCAGGAGGAGGAGAGGUCACCAGCGCUGAGGGAGCCCAGCACUGGAGAAAGGUAAGUGGCUGAAGGGGUUUUAACCCCUUCAGACCAGCGGGAGUGGGGCCAUGAGGGUGGGGGUUUGUUUUCCUGGCACUAUAGUGGUCCUUUAAUAUUUGGUUAUUGGGAAACAUUGGAUGUCAGCGGAGGAGGCGGUGUGGCAGGGCAAAAUUGAGAAAGAAUUAGCCUGAGUAGUAGUCAUUGGCUGAGUGUCAGCCGUCCGCUCAGUCUGGCGCUGGUGUAACCUAUUGCUAGUAUGAAUUGGUCAUUUCUGCCUUAGCCAUAUCACCAAUGGUGCCUGAAUUGCGUGCAACCAAGGAUCCUGAUUCAGUGUUAAACUGUCUGAAAAUGCUCCACGCCCUGUAACCAUUUCAUUGAGAUAAAAACCAUCAUAGUGCCUAGAUUGUUCCUCUGUUUCAGCACAAAUCUUUACAUACUUUAGACUUUUUUUGCCAGAGCUAUUUAUUUUGAAUGUUUAUUUGCUGUGCAAGGUAUAAUGUACUUGUUAACUGAAUUAUCAGUAAUGCUGUUACAGUUCAAUUGAUUUUGUUUUUACUUUUUGUCUACAGUUUUAAAGGGAAAGAAGCUCAGUUUACCAGCAUAAGAAGAUAACGUGCCCAAACUGCCCUCUUCUUUAGUGUGAACUCUCAGUCCCCACUGACUCGAGUCAGUGAUGCCGAAAAGAGGAAAUGUAUCACUAAACCUACACUAUUCAGGGCAUAAUGGUGGUGAACAAGAACUAUUUACUAUCUGUGAUUCUUCAAGUGAUACCAAGGGGAAAAAAGACACUUCCAGAAGUUGUAUAUUCAUGUUGGCCUUUGACACUUUCUUAUAGAAACUGGACACAAAUAGGUCUACUGUUCGUAGUUUGGGCCUUAAAAAAAAAACUAAAAAAACUUCCAAAUUAGUUUUUCCUCCUGCUACAUCUGUUUUCUCUGAUUAUAUUUUAUUUCUCUUAUCUUGUAUCCAAAGUAUUUUUUGCAGGUGACGUUAUGUACCGAGAAAUACACAUUUUCUGUAGCCAACUUUUACUAUAUCCCUAUAAUAUUUUAUAUAUAUAUAUAUAUAUAUAUAUAUAUAUAUAUAUAUAAACAUACAUAAUUAAAGCUUUCCUAGAAAGUGUUGUUGGGCUUAUCCUUGAUUUAAUCACAGGUUAUUUGGCAUUUGUAUUAAUCACAAAACAUUGUUUUUACAAUUCCAGUUACUAAGAGGGGAUAAAUAAUAUAUGUCUGCAGAUCUAUUGAUAUAAUAACAUUUAUGUCUGAUUCCCCUAGUGUAUUUUUGGACAGGCACAUUAAACAUUUUGUAGGAUUUGAUUAUCUCCCUAUGCAAAAAUUUUUUUUUUUACAUUCUUAAAAAAAGAAAAAAUUGAAAGUCAAUAAAUUUGAAGAUUGGAUACUCAGCUGUGCAAGUCAUUACUUAAUUACACAAAAUAUCAGCUUGGAAAACAUGACUUAAAUUGUUAUAAGACAAAAUGUAUGUGCUGUUAAUUUACUCAAAGUUUCAUAUGUAUAAUAUUUUUAUAAAUCAUAAUUGUACUUGAGGAUUUAUGAAUGUGCUUAAGGAUCGUUUAUAUAAGGUUUGAGGUUUUGAAAAGUAAUGAUUUGGUGGAUUCUCUUUGAAUAAAACAGCUGUUCAGAAAUACAACUGGUGAUCAUGUAUUGCUGCUGUAUCAACUAUAAAUAAACUGCAGCAUCAAAGUGGUUCACAUCCCUGAAUUAUUAUUUUUUUUUUUUUUGUUAAUUUCAGAAACUGUAAAAGAAUGAUUUAAUUAUUACUAUUAUUUUUUGUAUCUUUUAAAAUCCCCAAAACGUUAAGGGUAUACACUAAG